AAGCACCCACAGAAGCCAGCCAGGAUGUUCUCCGUGUUCAACAUCUGGGGCACUUUCAACAACACACUCUUCUACCUCAGCUUCAUUGUCAGCCUGGCAGGGCUGUGCGGCAACGCUCUGCUGCUUUGGCACCUCGGCCUGCACAUCAAGAAGGGCCCCUUCAACAUCUACCUGCUGCACCUGGCUGCUGCCGACUUCCUCUUCCUCUCCUGCCAGGUUGGCUUCUCCAUUGCCGAGAUGGUGGGCCAUGGGAACACACUCCACUUCCCCAUCAUCUUCCUGUGGUUUGCCGUGGGGCUCUGGCUGCUGGCUGCCUUCAAUACGGACUGCUGCCUCACCUACCUGUUACCCUCCUGCUGCAGCCCCAUCUGCCGCCGCCGCCCCAGGUACACCUCAUUGGUGCUCUGCCUCCUCAUCUGGGCACUGACCAUGCCGGCUGUGCUGCUGCCAGCCAACGCCUGUGGCCUGCUGCACAACAGAAUGAGCCUGCUGCUCUGCUUCAAGUACCACUGGCUCAGUAUUGUCUGGCUAGGGGUGCUGGUGAGCAUAGCCUGCGUGGCAGCUAAAGUUAUCCUAGUCUGCGGGAAAUGCUGCUCUUUGCAGCCACCCUCCAAGUUCUGCAAAGUGGCCCAGUGCUCCGGCAUCCUACUCUUGUCCUGUCGCCUGCCCCUGGUUGUCUACUGGAGCCUGCGGUCAGCCGUGAAACUCCUGCUCCCUUUCUUCUUGCCAUUGGCCAUUCUCCUGGCCUGCAUUGACAGCAGUGCGAAGCCCCUUUUAUACUACAUGAAGGGCAGGCAGCUCGGGAAGAGGGAGCCUCUGCGGGUAACCCUAAACAGAGCUCUAGGGGAGAGUUCCCAGUUAAGUCUUAGGGGGCUAUCCCUGCCCAUGAGCCGAGUGUAAGGAGUGGACAUCCCAUGCCCA